AUGAGUGACACAGAAGAAGAUAAUGAGAUCUCUUUUACAGUAAAGUUUAUGGGGCGAGUAGAGGUGGUACGCCCCAACGGACUAAAUAUCCUGGAAGAAGCAGCUGAGAGCCUCAAGUCUCCUGACCCAUAUGCCUUAGAAAAGGCUGCAAAGAAAAGUAAAGUUCAUAUCUUUGUUUCGCUGAGUGGGAUUGACAUUUUGGAGAACAAAACCAAGUUUCUGCUAUACACCUGCCCUUUACCCACAAUUUCCUUCUGCGCUGUCAUGCCUUCGUCGCCCAAAGUGUUUGGCUUUGUGGCCAAGCACCCUGCUGUAGACAUGUACCACUGCUACCUGUUUAAGAGCGAGACUUUGGCACACGUGCUGGUCUCCACUAUUGGCGAUGUUUUCCGAGCUACCAAAAAAGAGGAAAGUUACAAAGGAAGUCGAGACCUGAUAGUUGAAGCCCUCAGACACAAGAAUAAAGUGCUGCAAAAAGAGAAUUCAGAGCUGAAGAGAAGGCUUGCAGACAAAAUUAAUCAACAAUAA